GGUGGCCGGAACGGGCGGGGCGAUGGCGGCGUCCGGCGGGGACGGCCCAGGCUGAGGGGAGCGGCGGCCGCGCUCCCUCCGGCAGCUUUAAAAGUUUCUGCAUGAAGAGGUUGAUUCCACUUCAGGAUAAUGGCAGGAAAAGUAAAGUGGGUAACUGACAUAGAAAAAUCUGUUCUAAUAAACAACUUUGAAAAAAGAGGAUGGAUUCAGGUGGCAGAAAAUGAAGACUGGAAUUUUUAUUGGAUGAGCGUCCAAACAAUCAGAAAUGUGUUCAGUGUGGAAACUGGUUACCGCCUCUCUGAUGACCAAAUUGUCAAUCAUUUCCCAAACCACUAUGAACUGACCAGAAAAGAUUUGAUGGUGAAGAAUAUCAAGAGAUACAGAAAAGAACUUGAGAAAGAAGGAAGUCCUCUUGCAGAAAAGGAUGAAAAUGGGAAAUAUAUUUAUUUGGAUUUUGUUCCUGUGACUUUUAUGCUUCCUGCCGAUUAUAAUCUCUUUGUUGAAGAAUUCAGAAAGAAUCCAUCCAGCACAUGGAUUAUGAAACCUUGUGGCAAAGCUCAAGGAAAAGGAAUAUUUCUAAUCAACAAACUCUCCCAAAUAAAAAAAUGGUCUCGAGACAGCAAAACAUCUUCGUUUGUGUCUCAGUCUUCCAAAGAAGCCUAUGUGAUUUCACUCUACAUCAACAAUCCCUUACUAAUUGGUGGAAAGAAAUUUGAUCUUCGUCUCUACGUUUUGGUGUCUACCUAUCGUCCACUGCGCUGUUACAUGUAUAAGCUUGGGUUUUGCCGGUUUUGCACAGUGAAAUACACACCAAGUACAAGUGAACUGGAUAACAUGUUUGUACAUCUUACAAACGUUGCCAUUCAGAAACAUGGGGAUGAUUACAACCACAUCCAUGGAGGCAAGUGGACAGUGAGUAACUUACGCCUGUACCUGGAGAGCACCCGUGGAAAGGAAGUCACCAACAAAUUAUUUGAUGAAAUCCACUGGAUCAUUGUGCAGUCCCUGAAGGCUGUUGCGCCUGUAAUGAAUAAUGAUAAACACUGCUUUGAGUGUUAUGGAUAUGACAUUAUCAUUGAUGACAAGCUUAAACCCUGGCUAAUUGAGGUUAAUGCUUCCCCUUCUCUUACUUCCAGCACCGCUAAUGAUCGCAUCUUGAAGUAUAAUCUAAUUAAUGACACACUUAACAUUGCUGUGCCUAACGGGGAAAUUCCUGACUCCAAAUGGAAUAAAUCUCCACCAAAAGAGGUUUUGGGCAAUUAUGAAGUCUUAUAUGAUGAAGAGAUGGCGCAGAGCGAUGGGACUGAUCGUGACCUGCGAGGCCGUCCUGGGCAGUCCACAGGGGUCAAAGGAAGCCGUGCAAGAGAUUCAGGAAAGCCUGUCCUGACCACCUGGAAAUGAUGACAGAAACAACAGCUGCACUCUUGGUAGGAAGACAUCAAGAAUAACUUGAAGUUUUGGAACAGAUUUCUAUGUUUGCUGCAUUGCAUGUAGGAAAUACUAGCAAAGACAGAACAGCCUUUGAAAAGUGAAACAAACACUGAGAACCUGGGAACUGUACUAGACAUAUACUGACCUGAUAAUUAUUACAGCAAUAGAUAUAGAGUGUGUAUGUAUAUACAGUUAUGUUCAUAUGAUUUGUAUAAACUAAUUCUCAAUAAUGAUCAAGAACUUUAUUUAUAAAGGUGGCAACUCAAAUGCAUAUUCUGAAAGAAACUGUUUGCUGUUCUGGAUAGUAUUUAUUUCCUCUAGUAGCCUAUCCCUUCCUGCCUAUAAUAAAUGAGCUGUGGAUUCUAUAAAAGGAUGAUGGUGGUAAACAUUAAUAUUUUCACAGUGAUGGUUCAGAUUUUUGUAGUAAAAGAAGAGGAACUAGAAAAAAUUAGCAGUACAUGUACUUGAGACUGUUGCCAGUUAAUGCAGCUAUUGAUUUAUAACCAGUAUUAAUAAACUGAAAAGCAAGUCUUUA